ACGACGCUCACUCUCUUCUCCAAUUACGUAACGCGAUGAGUUACGGGUGCUGGAGCCAACGGAAGCCGUUUCCGCAAAACGAUAACGUGUGUUUUCAACAAGAACAGACUCGAUUCCCUUUGUGUGCAAUGGGUCGUCGCAAAUCCAAAAGAAAGCCUCCUCCAAAGAAGAAGAUGACGGGGGAUCUGGAAACUCAGUUCACAUGUCCUUUCUGCAACCACGAGAAGUCAUGUGAUGUCAAAAUGGAGAGAAGCAGAAACACUGGGAUAAUAUCAUGUACAGUCUGCUUGGAGGAGUUCCAGACCCCCAUUACCUAUCUGUCAGAGCCAGUUGAUGUGUAUAGUGAUUGGAUAGACGCCUGUGAAGCAGCCAAUCAAUAGAACUCAUGAAAAUGGUUAGAAACAGAGCGCAGUUAAGUUCUACCCACACUGAAGAGGAAAACCUUUUUUUUUCUUUUCCUUUUUUUUUUGCAUUGCUUGAUGCAUGCUUGUCAUUUGUUCCUGUUCACAAAAAGCUGUCAAUUGCCCAAUGGCCGCUUUGCAGGUUCUUGAACUCUUUAUAAGCUGCCAAACAAAAAACUGAGCUUGAAUCAGCAGCAGAAAUGGGGGAAAAUGUGCAACUACUGAUAAAUAAAAUAUCUAAAUGUCAAAUUUGUGGGUACUCUGUUGCCGACACAUACCUAGCAUUAACUUUCUAACAGCUAACUAGACAUGGAUGCUACAAUAAUUAACCUGAUAGUAAAAUCUAAUCUAUUUUAGCUAGCUACAGGCAUUUUGUUGCACAUUGUGAGGCCGGCUGUUUUCCUUCUAGCGGGCCUGAUUUUCAGAGUAUGACAUGUUGCGCUUUGUCUCCACACCUGUCAGAAAGGUGGUGAAGAGUUCUCGCCUUUCUGUUUAAGGUUUCAGCUCACAGCUCUAGUUUUGACUCUUGAGAUUUAUUACAUAAUUUGUUCUGUGCAGUGUACCCUGAUUUAUCUUUACACAUUUAGCAGAGCUGUCUGUUUUAAAAAUACAGCUUCUUUUGUUUGU